AAAACAAAUUUAAGGGAGAAAAAAUAACUAAAAAUUCUUGCAGAUGAAUGAAAAUGUUCAGGGUCAAAGGAUAACACUAAAAUUUGUAGAUAAGUAUUGAAAAAUUGUUAUUUGUUCUGGUUCCGAGUUAGAAACAAAGAUUGGGGUACUUUAUUUUCUAGCAAAAAAUAUGUAUCCAAAUACUAGCUCAUUUUAAAUGCAAGGUUUUGGGAAUAAAAAUCAGGAAUCCAAAUUAAUUACUUCCUUAAUAUUUAGGACAUCGAAUUCAGCUAAAUAUUUGAACUAUGUAAUAUAAUAUAUGAUUAAAAUAAUUAUUAUUGCUUUUGAUAAUAUACAUGGCACAUUAUUUUGUGUAGGGGUCAAAUUUUGAUCCCUGCCCAUUUAUUUUUAGUGUAGGAGUUUUUCUCUCUACAAAUAAUAAAAUAUCAUAUUAUUUUGUAAAACACAUGUUUGUAAAUAUAGUAAAGUGUAAGUUAUGUCUAAGUUAAAUAAAAGAACUUAUGUCUGAAAAAGUUAGCUGGCGAACUCAUUUUUCUAAAGUAGAAAUAACCAAUUUAGAAAAAGUAAGAAAAUACAGUGCUAAAAUUCCUAUCAUAAAUAAAUGAAAAAUAAUUUUUCAAAGUGGAAUUAAAUUGUCUUCGAUUCCUAAAUUCUAAGUUAAAUAAGAGAGAAAUCUAUCAAAAAAGGAAAAGAAGAAGAAGGGAGAAUUAUCUUUUUUAGAAGGAAUCAAAUUAUUGUUAGGUCCAAAAUCUCCUAGAGUAAAUAAAAGAGGAGAAUACCUUAUUAGCAUUUUAACUAUUUUUAUCACGCGAAACCUAUCUUUGUUGUUUAUCAAACAAAAAUAAGGGAUUGGUUUUAACCUUAUUUUAUUUAUGUUUUGAAUUUUACAAAGUUAUCUUUUUUACUUUUAACACAAUUUAAUUAAAUUAUAGCUAUAAAGAGAUAUUAGGUUAGAUGCGUCAAACACAACAUUUGGGUCAAUGUAAUAACAAUAAUUUGUCAUUUAAAUGAAUGUUGCAUCUAUUUUGACGUUCAUUGCUAUUUUACUAUAUAUUUUUUUUAUAUAGAAUUUAUAAUUUAUUGACACGUGUAACGCACUUAUGCUAAAACUAGUAUAACAAAAAGGACAUUGCUUUCUAGUGAAGGAAGUAAAAUGCUGGCCUCUAUAUAGAUUCAUAACAUCUGUUCAAAAUUUUAAGUGGUUGAAUUUCUCUGUGCUUAUUGACUUUUUCCAUAGUUUCCAAUUUGCCACAGAUAGACCAGAAUUAACAGAUCAUUAAUUCAUUUGAAUGAAUAAACAAACUCAUACAAGUCGAGACAAAUUUAGGUGGUUCGACAUUUCUUUAUUUUCACAACCACACACAACGGUUAAAUUUUAGAGUUUAAUUUCCGCAUUGAUAGUGUAAUUGUUAUUACUUGGUCGAUAAUGACAAAUAAUUGUAUACAAUAAGUGGAAUAUAAUUAGUUAGCUUCUACAAAAGUAACAAUUUACUACAGUAAGUACAAUUUUACUGAUAAUGUAAAAACUUACAGUAUUAUUAUAUGUAAGUUAAUUGGCAGAUGCUAAUAUUGUUUUCUGUUUUGGGUAGAAUUUAUCAGAUAGUUGUUCCCAUGAUUUGGUGUUUAGAUGAAUAGUCUUUUUCUUCAUCUUACACCUCACCCUAUAUAUGUAGAAUCUAUCAUGCGACUUAAUUUCCUUUAUCAAAGGAAGUCUUAAAAAACGUAAUAUACUGCUACUCUAAGUUCACUCUUUUUUCUUGCCUUUUUUUUUUUCCUCUGCUACUACUAUCCUUUGAUCUUCUAAAUAGACUACAAACUAUGAAUGCCUUCACUUCUAGUACAUUAUUACCACACCCCAAAACUCUGCUUUCUCCUAAUAGUCCAUCCUUUUCAUCAGUAAACCCUAAAACAUCUUCAUAUAUCACAUCUCCGCAAGCCUUUACAAAAAGUUCAUCAUCUAAACAACAUAAUAAACCUCCAAGAAAACCCUUAUUGAAACCUUCAUUUCCCGCAGUUAUCUUGAAUGCAUGCGACAAUUUCAUCGACACUUUCAUCGAUCCUCCUUUCCAUCCUUCCGUUGGUCCAAAAUAUACUCUCUCUGACAACUUUGCUCCUGUGGACGAACUUCCUCCGACAGAAUGCGAGGUGGUAAAAGGCUCCCUUCCAUCGUGUCUCGACGGAGUUUACAUUAGAAAUGGUCCAAAUCCACAAUAUCUUCCUCGUGGACCUCUUCAUUUCUUUGAUGGUGAUGGAAUGCUUCACUCUACUAGAAUUUCUCAAGGCAAAGCGAUAUUUUGUAGCCGUUAUGUCAAAACUUACAAGUACUUGAUAGAAAAAGAAGCUGGGCUUUCAAUCAUUCCGAAUCUCUUUUCUAACUUUAAUAGCCGUAUUUCCUCUGUGACUCGUGGAGCAGUGUCUAUAGCUAGGACAAAAUUUGGUCAAUUCGAUCCCAGCAAUGGUAUUGGCCUUGCAAAUACUAGCUUGGCUCUAUUUGGAGGCAAUUUAUUUGCUCUUUGUGAAUCUGAUCUUCCUUAUGGUAUAAAAUUAGCCCCAAACGGUGAUAUCAUAACAAUUGGUCGCCAUGAUUUUGAUGGAAAUCUUUCUAUGAAUAUGACAGCACAUCCCAAAAUUGAUCCAAACACUGGCGAGGCUUUUGCUUUUCGUUACGGUCCAAUAUCUCCAUUUUUAACUUAUUUUAGAAUUGACCCUAACGGGACCAAAAGUCGCGAUGUACCAAUUUUUUCCAUGACAAAUCCAUCUUUUGUUCAUGACUUUGCCAUCACAAAAAAUUAUGCCAUAUUUCCUGACAUACAAAUAGAAAUGAACCCUUGUGCCCUCAUUACCCGUGGCUCACCGGUGGGUUACAACUCGAAAAAAGUGCCUCGCCUGGGGGUGAUUCCUCGUUACGCGAGGGAUGAGUCAGAAAUGAAGUGGUUCGAAGUGCCAGGGUUUAAUAUGAUACAUGCAAUUAAUGCAUGGGAAGAAGAUGAUGGUGAUACAAUAGUAGUGAUUGCUCCGAACACAAUAUCAGUAGACCACUUUAUGGAAAGAUUGGAUUUGAUCCAUGCAUCAAUUGAAAAAGUAAAGAUAGACUUGAAGACGAGAAUGGUAAGAAGAUAUCCAGUGUCGACGAGGAAUCUUGACUUGGCAAGUAUCAACCCGGCUUAUGUUGGGAAAAAGAACAAGUACAUGUAUGCAGCUAUUGGAAAUCCUUCGCCAAAGGCAAAAGGUGUGGUAAAAUUGGAUUUAUCCAUAUCAGAUAUUGAUCAUCGUGAUUGCAUAGUGGCCACAAGAAUUUUUGGACCAGACUGUUUUAGUAGCGAGCCCUUCUUUGUGGCAAAGGACCCUAACAAUGGAUUCGCCGCUGAUGAAGAUGAUGGCUAUGUGGUGUGUUAUAUGCAUAAUGAGAGCACAAGAGAAUCGAGUUUCUUGGUGAUGGAUGCCAAAUCUCAAAAUCUUGAAAUUGUGGCGGUUGUGAAAUUGCCUCGUCGCGUGCCUUAUGGUUUUCAUGGGAUAUUCGUGAAGGAAAGUGAUCUUAACACUAUAUAGAAAAGUGCCUGGAAAACUUGAAUACUUGAGACUCGAGAGACUUGGGGUUAUUUAGGACAAGUUUGAAACUUUAAAAAUUGACAAUCAAACUUUUAUAUGUGUAGCUUGAUUGUUGAGAAACAUUGAUACUAAAGCUAAGUUAUAUUUUGUAUACAUGAAUCUAACUAUCAAGUAUGUUUCAUUGUCGACUAAGUUGAGAUUAACUAUAUGUAUUUCUACUAUUCAUACUGCUUCAUUUAAGGCUGUGUUAGUUUUGUACACAUGUAUCUGGUAGGCAAAAAUAACGAUAAUAUAAUGAAGUCUGAUUUUUAACACUAUCAUCUAAUAAAGUCUGAUUUUUAACACUAUCAUCCGCUUCUUUAAUAAUAUUAACUUAACUAGUGGGAUGUUGCCCAUGCUAUGCACGGCCCAAUGACUUGUUAGUCUAAUUUUGAUAUACAGUUAAUCAGGGUGUGACCAAUGUAUGAACCUAGUAAUGUUAGCGACAAUGAUUAAAACUGUUGCUAAACUGAUUGCCCAAGCGUCAUCAAUUUUUGGUCUUGAUGCAAGUUUUAGCCUUCGUUCAAGUCUUGAGGACAAUAAGUUGGAAAAGCACAAACUUUUGUACUCGGUUAUGGCAUAGAUAUCUUGGGCAGUAGAGGUAGUUGAAGAGAUUUUGUUCGGUAUAAUACAUAGAUGGACACUCAAACUUGGCCUCAACUGGCAAGUAAAGCCCCCAUCUUUGAGAAUGCACAUCUAUGCACGGCCCAAUGACUUGUUAGUCUAAUUUUAAUAUACAGUUAAUCAGGGCAUGACCAAUGUAUGAACCUAGUAAUGUUAGCGACAAUGACUAAAACUGUUGCUAGACUGAUUGCCAAGCGUCAUCAAUUUUUCGUCCUGAUGCAGGUUUUAGCCUUCGUUCAAGUCUUGAGGACAAUAAGUUGGAAAAGCACAAACUUUUGUACUCGGUUAUGGCAUAGAUAUCUUGGGCAGUAGAGGUAGUUGAAGAGAUUUUGUUCGGUAUAAUACAUGG